GUAAGCAGGAAGAUUACGAACUUGGUCGUUUUGGGGAAGAACCGAAGAAGCGUGUAGUCUAACAGUAGCACUGCUGUUGCUUGUUGGAGUUUCGGUUACAUUCUGACUUCUCUUCCACAAUUCACAUUCUCGUGUGAAUGGACGGCGACGGCGAGGAGUUGACGGCGCAGGAGACCGCCUUGUAUGACCGUCAGAUUCGCGUUUGGGGAGCUGAUGCUCAACGAAGACUGAGCAAAGCUCAUGUCCUAGUCUAUGGCAUGAAAGGAACCAUAGCGGAGUUUUGUAAGAAUAUUGUUCUUGCUGGGGUGGGGAGUCUUACCUUAAUAGAUGAUCGGAUUGCCUCUGAAGAAGCCUUCUCAUCCAACUUUCUCAUCCCUCCGGAUGAGAAUGUCUAUGGUGGCAAGACCCUUGCUCAGCUUUGUUGUGAUUCCCUUAAAGACUUCAAUCCUAUGGUUCGUGUUUCCGUCCAGAAAGGUGAUUUGUCAAGUUUCGAUGUAGAAUUCUUCAACAACUUCGAUGUUGUUGUUGUCAGUUCUUGCUCGCUUCCAGCCAAGAAAUUGGCCAACGAGAAAUGCCGCAAGAUAUCGAAACGAGUAGCAUUUUAUACUGUUGACUGUAGGGAUUCUUGUGGUGAAAUAUUUGUUGAUCUGCAGGACUAUAAGUAUUCGAAGAAAAAACUGGAGGAAACUAUUGAAUGCCACCUACGAUAUCCAUCUUUUGAGGAAGCAUUAUCAGUACCUUGGAAGGAACUUCCUAGGAAAACAUCAAAGCUGUACUUUGCUAUGAGAGUAAUUGAAAAGUUUGAAGAGGCUGAAGGCCGUAGUGCAGGAGAAGUUUCUGUUGCAGAUCUUCCUGGAGUUCUGAAGUUGAAAAAAGAGCUUUGUGCUGUGCAAUCUCUGAAUGAAUCCCAUGUACCUGAUACACUUUUAGAAAGAUUGGUAACAAGUACACUAGAGUUUCCACCAGUCUGUGCUAUUAUUGGGGGAAUCCUUGGGCAGGAGGUUAUCAAGGCAAUAUCUGGGAAAGGAGAUCCUCUCAAGAAUUUUUUCUUUUUUGAUGCUUUUGAUGGGAAGGGAAUCAUUGAGAACAUUUCCAAUUCAAAUGCUUGAAGGUGAAUAUGACAUAUACUGGUAAUUUAUGAUUGAAACACCACAAAUCCUAAGAGGGGAAGGUUAACACUGUCUGCAAGAAACUGACCCUUUAAGUGGACGGUAUUCUGACUAUUGUUAACUAUUAAUUUACAUUUUUAGUUGCUAAUUUAUUCAGGCUAAUUUUCAAUUUA